AUGUCGAAUCCAGUUUUAGAACCUCCAUUAGGGGAUAUACAUCCUACUACACCACCGUCGACAUCAAUACCAUCACAUCCUUUAGAUCCUUCCAUCCCAUCGAAACCAGCAGUAGAAGAAACCUCUAUAAGCAGUAUACCACCUACGCCUAAAGUGAAUCUCAAAGUGUUGUUGAUUUCUGGACAGAGUAAAGUAUUGUCAUUUGAACCUGAGUUGACCAUUGGAAGAACGAAAGAAUUGAUUUGGAGUUCUUGGCCUUCAGAGUGGACCGAUCCAGCACAACCACCUUCACCUAGUUAUCUGAGGAUACUGCAUGCCGGUCGGAUCUUACAGGAUGAUUCUACUUUAUCAUCAAACAACCUGCCAGCAACCGAGUCGCCGUCCACAACACCCACCGUCGUACAUAUCUCCGUGAGAUCAUUUUCAAUAAGAGCUGAAGAUGAUCCAAAGAAACCCGGUGGAUUAGGUCGAACGACAAGUGCAUCCAGAUCACAUCGAAACGAUGACGAUGUCGGUGGAUGUAAAUGCACCAUCAUGUAG